AUGUUCAAUGGGGAGAAGAUCAACGCAACGGAAGGCCGUGCUGUGCUCCAUGUGGCAACAAGGGCAAAAAGGGAUCAGAAGAUAAUAGUCGACGGAAAGGACGUUGUGCCAGACGUGUGGGAGGUGCUGGACAAGAUCAAGGACUUUUCUGACAAGGUCCGGAGUGGUGAAUGGCGUGGGGUUACAGGAAAGCCCAUCAAGAAUGUUGUGGCCGUCGGCAUCGGUGGAAGCUUCUUGGGCCCGCUGUUUGUGCACACCGCGCUCAGGACUGAACUGACUGCGGGUGCUGCAGCUGAGACACGCCGCCUUCGGUUUCUGGCCAACGUGGACCCAAUCGACGUCGCCAGGGCACUGGACCAACUUGACAGGGAGGAAACUAUGGUCGUCAUCAUCUCAAAGACGUUCACCACUGCGGAAACCAUGCUCAAUGCGCGGACAUUGCGGACGUGGCUGACUAAGAAGCUUGGUGAGGGUGCCGUUGCUAAACACAUGGUCGCCGUCAGCACCAACGUGGAGCUGGUCAAGGCCUUCGGCAUCGACCCCCAGAACAUCUUUGGCUUCUGGGACUGGGUUGGGGGCAGGUACUCUGUGUGCUCAGCCGUCGGGAUGUUGCCCCUCUCCCUCCAGUAUGGCUUUGACAUCAUGGAGCAAUUCCUGCUGGGUGCAAACGACAUCGACAACCACUUCGCCACGGCCCCCUUCGACAGUAACCUGCCUGUAAUCCUGGGGUUGCUGUCGGUCUGGAACGUGUCGUUCCUGGGCUAUCCCUGUCGAGCCAUCCUGCCUUACUGCCAGGCCUUGUCCAAGCUCGCCCCGCACAUUCAACAGGUGUCAAUGGAAUCCAAUGGCAAAGGCGUGGACAUCAACGGCAAGAACCUGCCAUUUGAUUCGGGCGAAAUGGACUUUGGAGAGCCUGGAACCAACGGGCAGCAUUCCUUUUACCAGCUCAUCCACCAGGGCCGUGUCGUCCCCUGCGACUUCAUUGGAAUCGUCAGGUCACAGCAGAGCGUGUACCUCAAGGGAGAGAUUGUGUCCAAUCACGAUGAGCUGAUGUGCAACUUCUUUGCGCAGGCAGACGCCUUGGCGUACGGGAAAUCUGCGGUUGAGCUGCGGGCGGAGAGCGUCCCCGAUCACCUCAUCCCUCACCGUUCCUUCACGGGCAACAGGCCUUCCCUGUCCAUAAUGCUGCCGGAACUGUCAGCCUACCAGGUGGGACAGAUACUGUCGCUGUACGAGCACAGGGUGGCGGUACAGGGAUUCAUCUGGGGGCUCAACUCGUUCGACCAGUGGGGCGUCGAGCUGGGCAAAGUCCUGGCCAGCAAGGUGCGGCAAAAGAUGCACGAGACGCGGACAGACAACCGCAAGAUCAACUCAGCGGACGCGUUCAACCUGUCCACACAGACCAUGAUCAACAGAUACCUUGAGGGCAAGGACGUCAUGAAGUAUCCCGAGCCACGUGACGUGUUUCCUGGCGACCUUCUGAAACCCAAGGAAUGA